AUGCGGCUGACUGGUGAAAUCAUGGACUCACUGUCCAAAAACCAGCGAAACUUUGCCCCACCUACCAUCGGCAUUGCAACAUACGGCAUUGUGCAUGCGGGGGACGAUCUUCUCGCUCGCGACAGCAGCCGCUUGCCCAAGCUGGAGGUGCCGUACGACAUCACACCGCCGCAGGGAUCGAGGAAGGCCGCGCUCGACCCAAACCACAAUGUGUUUCUGCUGGUGGAUGACGGCACACGUGACAAGUUUGGCAAGGAGAUCAAGUUUCGUGCUGCUGUUGAGAGUGCCACACGCAAGAGGUUCGAUGCACCCGUAAUCACCGUUGUCAUUCAAGGCGGUCCUGGCACCCUCAACACGGCACUGGAAGCGAUCCGUGAGAACACGCCCAUCGUGGUUGUCGACAAGUCUGGCCUCGCUGCAGACGUGCUCGCUUAUGCUUACCAUUUUUGCCACAGUUCAUCGUCCAAAUACACAUCACACACCGCAGAGGGGCUGCGUCGCCUCGUCACGGAAUCGUUUAACGUCAAAGACCCAAAUCCCGCUGAGAAGUACAGGCAGUACUUCUACGACGCGCUCGAAUGCGUCGACAACCCGCACCUGGUGCACGUGUUCAACCUUCAGGACAGCGGUCCCGAUGAAUUUGAAAACUGCAUCCUCAAUGCCAUCUUCAGCAACGAGAGCAACUUGCAGAAUCAGCUGAAACAAGCAAUGUUUUUCGAUCGCCCGGACAUUGCAAACAAGGCGCUCACCGCCCGUCGCAAGGAGGCCUUUGACAUCAACGCGAGCCUGCAGGAGGCCCUCGUGUACGACAAGCCGCGCUUCGUCGAGCUGUAUCUCACACACGGCGCAAAGAUUUCAGAGCUCAAGCCACGUGGCAUGCCCGAAAAGGCGCCCGGCCCGCUCGCGAGUCUUCCAGAAUAUGCAAUCGCCGUUGAAGACUUGUACAAGCGCGAGGCCAACAAACCCCACAACCACAUCAAACGCCUCGUGUCGUUCUCCAACACGGACGAGCUCGGCCAAUCACGUCGCUUCCGUGGCAUCAGCAUGCGCUUUGGCGGCGACAGCAACAACGGCAAAUCUGACGGCGGGCGCCUCUUCAAUGUCAUACGCAUGGGUCGAAUUCUCUCGCGGCUUAUCCACAAGAACGUGAUCGUUGACGAGAAGCGCCUGACCUCCGACAACUCCACGCUCAGCAAGAAAGAGCAAGAGACUUCCGCCCUCCAUCUCAUCUUCCUGUGGGCCGUCUGCCUGGACAAGUUUGAGCUUGCGCGUAUGUUCUGGCUGCGCGGGGACCAGUCUAUUCUCAAUGCGCUGAUUGCCAGCCGCCUGCUGUCUGCCCUCAGCCGCCACACUGCCCUCUCCGGCGCGCACUUGCAGGAGGAACGCGAGAAAAUGAUCAUGGAUUCAAAGUCCUUUGAGGCACUGGCGAUUGGUGUUGUUGAUGAAUGCUACAACGAUGACACCCUGCUCACCCAGAAGAUGCUGCAUCUGCGUCAUCCGCUCUUCCGCUGGGACGCCGUCAGGAUGGCGUACGAGACGAAUGCGCUUCGCUUCCUGUCGCACACAGCGACACAGUCUGUCGUCAGCAAUGACUGGAAUGGCGGUCUCAAGCUCAUCAUGCCCUUCUGGCAGGUUGUCCUCGCGUACUUUGUGCCGUUCCUGGUACUGCCCUUCUACGACCUCACAUCGGAGGCAAAACAAGACCAAGACGACGAGCGAGAGCGCCAGACCGGCAGUUACUUCAAAGGCCGUCAGGACGAAGGGGAAGUAUUAUCCCCCAAGUCAUCUCCAUCGGCAUUUUGGUCCUUUCUCUCUGUCGUUGGCAGAUUCUACAGCUCACCCUACAUUCGGUAUGCGCCCUCGGAAUGUCUAGUGGAACUCCUCUUCAUCAUCUUGUUUGGCAGUCUCUCUGUUGAAGAAGGCCGGCAGCUGCUGAUUGCUGCGCGCUGGGAGGAGUACAUUGCAGACACGUGGAACCGCCUGGAUGUCGCAUCCAUCCUGCUCUAUUUUGUCGGACUCGCCAUCCGCCUGACAGACUUGCAUGAUGAACGUUCAAGGAUUGUGACCAAGACGGUGCACGCGUUUCUGGCUGUAAACCUGUGGCUUCGCCUGAUGCGUUACUACGCUGUGGACCACAACCUCGGCCCAAAGCUCAUCAUGAUGGCUGAGAUGACGAAGGAUGUCACAACUUUCGUCUUUCUCCUCCUCAUCUUCCUCGUUGGGUACGGCGUGGCUGCCCAGGUGUUGCUGUUCCCGCAGACGCCGUUCACGGAGGAGAAGUUUGUGAACGUGCUCUUUAAGCCCUACUUUCAGAUCUACGGCGAGCUGUUCAUCGAUGACAUCAACAACGACUCUGGCUGUGUUGGCUUCUACCCGUUUUCCGCCUGCGGCCGAGACGAGGUGCGCAUUCUUCCCAUUUUCUUGGCCAUCUACGUCCUCAUCACCAACAUCUUGCUCGUCAACCUCCUCAUCGCCAUGUUCAACGACACGUACACCAAAGUGCAGGAGGAUGCAGAGGCGCUUUGGCGCCAGCAGAACUAUGAGCUGUAUUUGGAGAAUGUGCACCGCCCUCUGCUUCCUGCGCCCUUCAUCCUCAUCUCGCACAUUCGUCGGGCGUACUCGCGCUGGGUGCACGGCCCCAUCUCGAGUGUUGUGGGCCUGUGCCGUGGCUGCUGCCCAACCUGCAUGUGCAAGGCCUGUUGUUGCAGCUGCGCCGCUGCACAGAGCGAAAGCGACGACACGCAGCAACUGAACACGAGCGGUGUGAGCCUGGGCAGCAGCAGUGUCGCAGGCGUGGAGGCAGCCAGCAGCUCAUUCCCGCGCCAUCUCAUUGACUUUGAGGAGCACAACGCCGACCGGUUUGUGGCCAAGCAGGAGCGCGAGCGCAACGACUCUGUGGAGAACUGCGUGCGGACCACGCGGGAUGGCAUGGACAAAGCGCAUCAGCUCAUCACUGCCAUCCUGGAGCACGUGGUGGCGUUCCGGUCCGCAAACACGAGCGCAAGCGUCACGGUCAUGCGUCCCACAGACAAUGGAAUGGAGGAGACACGUCCAGGCCGCAUGCGCGCUGGGGUGUUUGACAAGCCACGUCUGCACUACCUGCCCCCAGAGCAGUAUCCAGGAUCGAACGGCGUGAAGCGCUUUGUGAUCGAUCCAUCACAAGUCCCCUGGGACGUGGAGUGCCCGUCGUACGAGCCUGUGGAAUACACGGCUCCAAACGUGGCGGCGCAGCCUGAGUGGGCGGAUCCCGCCGACCCUCGCAAGAUCAAGUUCAACGCCAAAGAUAAGGUGGAGGACAAGGUGGUUGAUCGCACGUCGUGCCACCGCACCAAGUUCCAUGUUGAUGAGGACACGGGCCGCCCCAUCAACCCGUGGGGACGCACGGGAAUGACGGGGAGAGGAAACUUGGGCAAGUGGGGCGUGAACCAGGCAGCGGACACGGUGGUGACGCGGUGGAAGCGGUCACCAGACGGCAGCAUCCUGGAGCGCGACGGCAAGAAGGUGCUUGAGUUUGUGGCCAUUCAGCGAAAGGACAACAGCAUGUGGGCCAUCCCAGGUGGCUUUGUCGACAACGGGGAGGACGUCGCCCUGACCAGCGGCCGCGAGUUUAUGGAGGAGGCCCUCGGCACCAAAGACAAGCGCACCAAGCUGUCGGAGGAAGAAGAGUCAUCUGUGGCUUCCCUGUUUGCCGACGGCACGAUUGUGGGCCGCAUCUACAGCGAGGAUCCGCGCAACACGGACAAUGCGUGGGUGGAGACGACGUGCAUCAACUUCCAUGACGACGCAGGCCGUCGCGCUGCUAAGCUAAAGCUCCAAGGCGGCGACGACGCAAAGAAGGCGCGCUGGAUGAUGGUGCAUGGCGGCCUCAAACUCUUUGCUUCCCAUCUCAAGCUCCUUACCCUUGUCGCCGACUCUCUCAACGCAUACAUGUAGUGUAUGAGAGAGUGUGUGUGUGCAUGUGUGCUUGUGUGCUUGUGUGCCUGUGCUUGUGUGCUUGUGUGUGUGUGUGUGUGUCGGUGUGUGUUUGUGUGUGUGUGUCUGCGUGGCUUUUCGUAGUUUCGUGUGCUUGUUGCUUGCUUUGUUUGACCAG